AUGGCAGCAGAAGUAGAAGAAUACGAGAAUUUGGAUGAGGAUGCUCAAUAUAUAGAACUGGUUGAAAACGCGGAUUAUUUGAAUGUGGAUUGUUUUGAUGAGUAUGACGAGCAAGAUGCGAACCCUGUAAAAUACCAAAGGAUAUUCAACGAUUGUCCCGAGUGUCAGGGAAUACAAAAACACUAUCAAUGGUGUCAACCUUGUGCUGCGAGACACUUUAAAGAGAAUUUUGACAAGUGGUCAAGCGGGAAUGAAGAGAUCGAUAACAUAAUUAAAUCGACCGGUCCUUACACCUUCUUUGAAUGGAUUCCGUAUACUCAAUUUCAAAAGGUCAAGCGUUUGUCCAUUGGUGAAUGGGGAAAAAUUGAGAUGGCCACAUGGAUCGAUGGCCCAAUUCAGAAAUGGAACGAUAAAGAUUGGGAGAGAACGAGGAAUAUGACGGUAGUGUUAAAACAUUACAUCAAUAAGAAUCCCGCCUAUAGGUCGUGGUAUGACUUCGCAAAACAGAUGAAGACAUAUCUCAUGUGUAAAAAUCCAUAUAUCUUACCGAUAUUUGGAAUUUCGCAAGAUCCUGAUAUCAAGGAAUACAUGCUUGUUACUAAAUUUGCAAAGUACGGUAAUCUUGGUGAUUACAUGCAACAAAAAAAAGAAAUAAAAGAUUCAAAUAAGGAAGCUGAUCAGAUGGAUUGGAACAGAAAGUUAGACAUUCUAUGUGAUAUCUCUCACGCCUUGAAAUAUAUUCACGAAGCAAAUUUUGUUUAUUGUAAUCUGUCACCUAAAGAAAUAUUAAUUGAUGAGAACAAAGCUUUGAUCGGAGGCCUGAGCGGAUGCAGAUCAAUCCAGGAGUUGGCCGAACGUAAAUAUGUUGUGGACGAAAAAGAGAGAGAGGAAAUCAUGUUCAACCUUCGUUACGCUGCACCGGAAAUUUUGCAGGAUAAUAAAUUUUGCAAAGAUUCAAAUGUAUACAGUUUCGGUACAAUAAUGUGGGAAAUGUCGACGGAAAAAGUACCCUUUGAAUAUUAUAACAAGAUGUUGAUUAGUCUAAAUAUCAGUCAAAACAAUAAAAACAUAUUGUUGUCUCCUGUCGAGGGAACUCCCGAAUGUUAUGUGGAUUUGAUGAAGAGAUGUUGGUGUUAUGAUCCCAAAUUUCGACCAGAGAUAUCUGAAGAUAAGAUCGUUGAUCAAGAAGUUCAAGAUAAUUAUCAAGGAAAAAAGGAUAAAAUGCCUAGACGUCAACCCACGAUCACUGGUGAUGAAGAUGCCAGUGAGUGGCUUACGAACGCGGUUGAAAAAGGUCAUGUGAAAUUUAUUUCCUAUGAGCACCUGAAAGUAGACAAUAAUCUUCCUAUUGAAUCGGGAUACUUUGGAAGCAUCACCAAAGCUGUUUGGAAAGGUGAACAUGUGGUCUUAAAGAGACUGCGCAACAUCGCGGAAAUUAGAGGCAAUACUCUCAAGGCAUUUACGCAUGAACUCAAAAUUCACAUGCGAAUGGAAUACCGAGACAGAAUUGUGCGUUGUCUUGGCAUCAGUCAAGAUCCUGAAACUUUGGAGCAUUUGCUUGUAAUGAAGUAUGCAAAUAAUGGAGAUCUACGUAAAUACCUGAAAGAGAAUAAGAACCUAUCAUGGGAAAAAAGAUAUCAUUUGGCCCUGCAAAUCGCCGAAGGACUCAAAUGCUUGCAUGAAGAAGAUAUAAUACACAAGGACUUGGAAGAUAUCAUCGAGAACAGCGGAUAA